GGCGGGGGCUGUGUCCAAAACGGAAGGUUCCACGUGCAUUUCGAUUGCCAGUGAGCUUAAAAUCGCGCACAGACUACAAGGCAAGCAAGCUUCCUUCUUCCAAUGUAUGCUCGACCGUCCAUCAUCAUCAUUCUCAAACAUACCUACACAAGAUGUCUGCCAUCUUUGAUCAACAUAACCCAUACGGACAACAAGGUGGCUACGGUGGCGGUCAAGGAUCUUCUUCGGGAGGAGGGGCAAACAAUUUACAAUUCUACUCCGGAUCAGGAGGACAAUAUGAUGGAUAUGGAGGAAGUGGUGGUUUAGGAGGAGCGGGAUCAGGAGGAGGAAGAAGUUCAUUAGAAGGCAAUAUGACAAGCGGAGGUUACGGUAGCUCAGCCGCAGAUCGAAGCUUGAUGAACAGUCAAAUGGGAUUUUGGAGCGCAUUCGGAACAGGUGGUUUUCCCGAUGAACCAAGUUUGAUGGAGGAAUUGGGCGUAAAUCUACCACAUAUCCUUGACAAAAGCUUGACUGUGCUCAAUCCGCUUCACAGCUAUUCUGCACAUCAUGCCCACGAUGCCCACAUGAUGGACGAUACAGAUCUUGCAGGUCCUUUAUUGUUCUGUUUUGCAUUCGGAAUGAUGUUGCUUUUAGCCGGCAAAUCGCAAUUUGGAUACAUUUAUGGAGUUGCUUUAAUCGGAGAUUUCUCCAUCUACCUUUUGCUGAACAUGAUGUCGGACAAAGGCAUAGAUGCUUAUCGUGUUGCAAGUGUGUUGGGAUAUUGCAUUUUGCCCUUGACAUUAUUGAGCUUUAUUUCAAUCUUUGUUACCCUUGAUGGGUACCUUGGAUACGUUGCAGCUCCGAUCUUUAUCCUAUGGUGUUCUUCAAGUGCUUCGGGUAUAUUUGUCAGUAUUCUAGGAUUGAGCGAGCAAAGAUUUUUGAUCGCUUAUCCGCUUGGACUGCUUUACAGUUCCUUUGCUAUCCUUAGCAUUUUCGAUUUCAGUGGUGCCGCUGUCAAGAGGAUUUAAAAGAUGCAAUCCAUCAUACAAACUCCUUGACCUUUAUUCACACAUAUGCAAUUUGUACAAAUAGACACCAUAAUGAUCUGCAUGAAUUAAGAAUCCUCAUCCGAGCAGCUUCUGGACUGCCAUGUUUUCCAAGAUGUAAUCCAGAGUGUGUUGGUGUAUAAGAGCAAAUUGGCUACGUGGCUAAUUUCAGUGCUGCACAGAUGAUCAGCUCUCUGAAAUUGAAAGGUAAGUAAGAUGGCAGCAACCAACUUGAUGAGAUAAUUCUAUUGUUACGUUUUGUAGUCUCCAGGCAC